AUGGCAAACUCGACUAGUACACCUGCUUUAAUCGUGGCUAAAGACGAUAAUACCGUUCCUGGUCAACACAAGCUGUCCCUGCAGAACCACCGUUUCAAGCAAACUAAUAAAAACCAGAAAAGGCAAAAUAGACAAAGUCGAUAUGAUCAUUCUAAUGAUCGUGAAUUGACGAUUAUUGAAUCACAAUUGAAGAACGGGAAGAAGGUCAAGGGCUCAAAGAAUCAAAUUUCCAUCAACCAUUUAUUAGAUUUCCAAUCAUACCGCGAUCUGGAAGAAUAUCGAAGCAAUCAGCAACGGAACCGAAGACGUAGAAGCAGCAGUCAUAAGAGGCCAUAUUCUCACAAUAAGAUUCAAUUAACAGGUAUGAAAUUUAUAAACGUUAAUUUCAAAUUUGUUGUCGAUGGUCGGAAAGAUUAUAGAAUACAAGAAUUAGAUCCAAAUGUUCCUGUUGAUACGGAAGAUAUCAUCCGAAUAAUUGCUCCUAGGGGGAACUCCUGUCCGAUUUGUUUGACUGAUGAGUUUGUUGCACCCCGAAUGAUUACUUCAUGUGGCCAUAUUAUUUGUUUGAAAUGUGUCCUAUCCUUAUUGGCGAAUGAAGUUCCCCAGGCCAAGAAAAGAGAAUCUGCUGCUAUUGUGGAAAAAUAUAGGGAAUGUCCGUUGUGCUUUUCCAUUAUUAGAAAGCAUGAAUUGAAACCUGUUUUGAUCAACAAUGUCGAUGAGCGAUUUGAAGUUCCAAAAGUAGGUGACGAGGUGGUAAUGACCCUUAUGGCUAGACGGGUAGAUCAAAUAUUAGCCUUGCCUAAAUUGUUGUCAUUUGAUAAUCAUAUUAGAGGGUUUCCUGAUACAAAACAACUUGAGCUUUUGCCUUAUCUGAGAAUAUUCAAGGGAGACUCGCAAUAUAUUCUUGAAAUGUAUGAGAAAGAGAAAAGAGAUAUUACGGCCGCAUACGAAGAAGAAAAAUUGAUAUACGGUGAUGACUCCAGUUUGGUUGUUGAAUCAAUUACUUACAUUGAUAAGGAGAUUGAACUGUGGAACACUAAAUUAUUACAAAAUGUUGAGAAGCAGCCAAGUCACUCUCACGCUACGGAUAAUAACCAUCCCACUUACUAUUUUUAUGAAACUGGGUUCAAUGCAGGUUGUACAUAUGUAUUGUCACCAUUGGAUAUGAAAGUCUUGAAGACGACUUACAAUGAUUACGCCACGUUGCCUUCAUCGCUUGUUGCUCAAAUUGAAAACAUCAGGUAUGAAGAGUUGACUACCGAAUCUUCAAUGAAUAAGUAUAAAUAUUUGAGUCAUUUGCCUUUGGGGUCCGAGAUAGGAUUUUUGGAAUGUGAUUGGAGUAAUAGUGAAUUCAUCAGCACCGAAACUUGGGAGAGUUUUAAAGAUGAUUUAUUAAAGAGAUCAAACACUUCAAAGAGAAAAUUGCGAAAAGAAGAGAGGGAUAAGAAAAGAGCAAUGAAUGAAGAGGAAACAAGAACUAGAAACUUUUUCUUACAUGAAAAUGGGGAAGCCGACAUUGAACAAGGUUCUUCAACUUUAGGUUUUGGAAGUUUAAGCAUUGUGGAUAAUAGGGAGUUACCAGCGUUGUCAGACCAACAUGUUUCUACUGAAUCGGAGAAAGAGUAUGAAACAACAGUAUGGGGUACUCGGAUACCAAGGAAUGAAGCUGUUUCUGCUCAAUCGGCAAUUGAAGACGAUGACUGGGAAGCAGAAGAAAUGAUUCGCAAGGCAAAAGAAGAGAUGUCAAGACAAGAGCAAGCUGGGGGUAGUAAAAAGAAAAAGAAAAAAAAGUUAGUUUUAUUAUCGUCAUAA